GACAGUUCAGUCGACCAGUCAUUUUCGUUUGAUCGGUUGAGGUUUCUGUUCUCCUCCGUCGUCGUCGGGCCUUUGAGCAUCUUUUAGCCUUCGAAUGCUCAGUCAGUAGGAAAAUUUUACAAGAAUUUCAUCAAGUGUCCGGGAAAGUUUGCGAUAAUUAGCCGUGAAGUGAGUAAAUCGCGUUCGCGAAUCGUCCGUGGGUGUUGUGCGUAUAGGCAAAAAGGAUAGGAAAACAUUCGUGAAAAGCUGCUUUUUCUGAGAUAGCAGUGGAAUCGAUCGUGAAGCCCACAAAUACCACUAAUUUUGAGAAAGGGAGGAAAAAAGAUUCAAGGCAUAACAUCAUCGUAGCAAGCGGCUGUGAACGACCGAAGAAGGAGACGGAGAGAAAAAACGGAAAAAAGAAGGUCCAAGUUGUGUGGCUGUUGUGACUGAAGAAAAAGAAAACCCUAGCCGAGAACUUUUUUUUUGUGUCGACGGAGCGGAGCAGAGCAGACGGAUUGCUGCUUUCCUAGGUUGGAUUCAUCCGGUUUUUCUGUUUUUCCCAAAGGACAAGGCUCGGUCCAGAACACCAAACGGCUACUUAAAUGUCAGAACCCCAGUCUUCGUUGCUGCUGAAGAAACAGUUGGCAGAGCUCAGCAAAAAUCCAGUUGAAGGAUUUUCAGCAGGUUUAAUAGACGACAAUGACAUAUUCAGAUGGGAAGUACUUAUCAUCGGUCCUCCAGAUACUUUGUACGAGGGCGGUUUCUUCAAGGCACACCUGCACUUCCCGAAGGAGUACCCGCUGAGGCCACCGCGCAUGAAGUUCGUGACAGAAAUCUGGCACCCGAAUAUCGACCGCAACGGCGAUGUGUGCAUCAGCAUCUUGCACGAGCCAGGCGAUGACAAGUGGGGCUACGAGAAGGCUUCCGAGCGCUGGCUGCCGGUGCACACCGUCGAAACGAUUCUGAUAUCGGUGAUCUCGAUGCUGGCCGACCCCAACGACGAAUCGCCGGCGAACGUCGAUGCGGCCAAGGAGUGGCGAGAGGCGUAUCCGGAGUUCAAACGGAAGGUGGCCCGGUGUGUUCGGAAGAGUCAAGAAGAAUGUUAGUAGGAUUUUUUUUAAAUGUCUUAUAUUUAUUAAUUAAUUAAUUACCUUUAUAUCUAAAAUGAGAAAGGAGAAUAUGAUUGAUGAUAAUCGAUGACGAUGAAACUGGUGAUGUUGAUUGGUUUUCCCUUUAGAAGAGAAACUGAAAACAAAAUAUACAAAAAAAAAAAAAAAAAUAAAACAAGUAUAAAGGACACCGAGCAACAGCAACAAAAGGAAAAAUUUGCUUUUCUAUUGCUUUUUUACAGGCCCCAAGGCCCUAAGGAAAGUAAUUUGACGUUGACCAAGCUCUUUUAUAGAUUUUGCUACAUAUUUUAAGAAUAAUUUUGCAUGCAAUUGAUUUUUAUACAUCUCGGUUUCGGACAGAAAGUUGUUCUUAAAACAUGUAUUUCUGACAAAUUUUUUGUAUCUUGAUACGCAAGUAUAUUGUUCGUUCAUAAUAAAUCAACUACUGUAUCAAAUUUAUUGCAUUGGUGAUUUAAAUUGGCUUGAGAAGCACAUUUUUGACAUUUUUUAAAGCAAAAAAAACAUUCUUUUGAAUAGAACUUUUCUUUUAUCUAUUUUUUCUGCAUAGAACUGAAAGCGAAACAGCUCUGCGAUGGUUAAAUGGCAUAUUUUUGGGCGGAACAUUUGAAAUCCUGUUCCGUAAUAUACGGAACCGUGAUCCGACUGCAAGCAAAAAAAGGCAAUUUAGCAGUUUUGAAAAGUUGAAAAAUAACACUCAGGAAAACAAUCACAAACACACUUACGCAUUCAAGUCCGGUUGAGAAAUCAUUGUGCUUAGAAAUGAUGAAAGAGCCCCCGCAAGAAGAAGCAAACAAAAAAUCGAAUGAUUAGAAGAACGCAUUCUGCCAAAAGGAAAUAAUUAAAUUAAAGAACGUAUUAAGCAACAGAAACAACAUUGCAUAAACGUAGUGAAUAUCCAUUCUUGACUGCUCAUUUGAAUAUCAGCUGAACUGAGGGAGACGUGCUGUUAUGAGAUUGAUAAUAAUUAUAAGUUAAACUAAUUUCUUUCUUCUUUUCGACUGAUUCUUCAGUGCUUCGUUCAUUGGAUGAUCUUUAUAGGAAUGCGUAUAUCCCUAAAACUUUUGUGUGAUAUUUCUGUUUCCUACAAAUGCAAUGAAUGAAAAGGAUAAAGGUAACUAGAUAAACUCACAACAAAAGAAGAAAAAGAAUGUGCAUGCAUAAGCCACAAUGGGCUCAAUAAAAAUGGAUAAUCCGAGAGACAAAACAAAACAAGACAACUGAAGACUCACAUGUAAAUAGUGCAGUUCCCACAGACAAACAGAGAAUAAUUAACAGACAAAAAACGGAAUCACGUGUAACCAAACCAAACCAAGUUAGUAAUUUCUACUGUCGCUUUCUUCCUCUUCCCCUUGAAAAAAAAUGGGCGCAAAAGUUGGAAUAACUGAAGCCUAUCACUAGUAAUCAGUGGUUAGGUGAAAACACAAAAUUUGAAACAUAAAAACCCUAGAAACGCGCGAAAGAUUACUAUAUAACACGCAUCAGCAGAAUAAAUAAAACAAAUGGCUAAACUUACUCUUCUCCCCUAAAUCCUAUCGAGAGAGAAAAAAAUCACCAGCGACAAACAAAAAAAACGUUAAAACAUCCCCUUUAAAAAGUUUUUUGAGUUAAGUUCGCUAGAAUAAAACAAGACGAUCAACAAGAAAACAUUUUUGUUUCAAUCCCGUCCUUUCCACCCUCAUGCAGCAACAAUCCCCAAAAACUAGGACUUGGUUGAAAAGUUGUUUCCUAUAGAAUUAUUAUACCUAUCUAAAAAACAUUCAGUUGUUUUAACCAAUAGGACCCCAACAAGAGCCAAAACUGGUGCAGAAUACAAACUCAAUUUAUACACAAACACCCCUACCAGAUACACCUAUACACACACAACUUAUUCCGAGAACAAACAGCCAGGACUACUCUUAGAAGAUAUGUGUAACGCAGGAGAAAUUAACAACGGUAAGUAAUAAAGAAAUGCCUGAAAGAAA